CAAACAAAGUGUGCUUUCGACUCGACGACAUCGACUGGCCUUUUUAAAGGGGCCGAAGCUGCGAUGUCGUGCGCAAUCAGAUGGAUUGCAUUGCUUAUGUCUUUGGGCUCCAUAUUGGAAUGCACGAGCAUUUACACCGGUGAAGACCCUACUACAUCUGCACCAUUUGUGUACGGGGGAGGCGUGCAAGGAAUGUCCAACACCAACACAAAGACCCAUACUACAAUUGUUCACAAGACGAGGAUCCGCCAUAGAUGCUUUCCUAAAUCAAAGAGAAAGGACAGAUGCAAUCGGCUAUGCAGAUGUUCUUCCGAUGGCAGMAAAUGGGAUUGCUUUCGCCAAAGAAAAGAGUUCACCACAAUGACAAGAAGUGAAAAGAAACGAUAUAUCAAAGCAUAUAGAGAGCUGUCAAGACCGAGCAACAAAUACAACAAACAGUUUAGUGACCUCAUUGCCAGUCACAAAUCCAGAUUCAUGACCACGAUUCAUCAGCAAAUCCAUUUCCUACCAUGGCACMGAUGGUUUCUUCUUCAGAUAGAAAACUUACUCCGAAAAAUUGAUUGCCGUGUCACUCUUCCRUACUGGGAUUGGAGUGUGUGCUCUGGCGAUCCUUGGAUUGAAGAACUUUGGAAUAAUGGGACUUAUACUGGGUUUGGAGGAAAUGGAGUGAGGGCACUCGGUUAUUGUGUACCAAGCGGCCCAUUCUCCAAAGAUUUAAAAUGGCAACCGCCUUCAUCAAAUCAGAGGGGAUGUAUUCAAAGAUAUUUUCGUGGAAACCCACCAGAUAUUGUGGCCGUAGAGGAAAUGCUUAAGACUCCUGCAAAAAACUUUACUGACUUUGAGGUAGAACUUCGUAUUGUAAUGCAUGACCGAGUGCACUGUGUCAUUGGUGGUACAAUGUGUUCUCUUGACUCAGCAUCAGCACCAGAGUUUUUCUUGCAUCAUACCUUCAUUGACAAGCUUUGGGAUGACUGGCAGCAAAAGAGUCCAGACCAUAGAAAUGUCUUCUUCUAUAAUUUGACCGAAGUACUUCCAGGCACUGAUGGCCUCCUACCAAGAGAUUUGCUUGACAACGCGAAAUUACCGGGAGGUGUAAAAUUGGAGUACUUGGAUAUAAACGACACAGAAACGAUAAAUGUGCGGAAACGUCUGAGAAAACUAACUAGCAAAGAGCUUAUGGAAAUUGUAAGAGCAGAUUUUGAUGAGGAUCAAGAACUUGAUGAAAUUGCCAUGAACUUAUUUAAGGUGAAUUCUUGGGAAAAAAAGAGAGCAAGAAGACGAAAAAGGAGAUUUAGACCAAGACAUAAAAAGAGACGAAGAAUGAUGAGAGGCCGAAGAGCAAAGAAAUGGGGAUUUGAAAUAUCUGAAGUAAAAAAAGUUGAAACGAUUCACUAUCGUCGUCACAAAGUAACCUUAAAUUUACUUAAUGAAAUAAAAUGGGCAUAAAAAUGGCAAUAUAUGCUGUGAUUCAAAGGGAUAUUUUGUCUCUUCAUAUAUCAUAAACGUAUAAGAACUUURAAGUUCGAAUUAAUGAAGUAAUUGCAUGAAUUUGGUGACAUUUUAUGCUAUUUCCUUAUAGCACAAUUAAGUUAUUAUUCACGGAAUACAUAAUGUUUUGAGGGGAAUAAAGUACAUUCGAAUUCUACCA